UUCGUCCUCUUCAUCACGCGCGCACAGUCACUCACUCUCUCGUUAGCAACUCGCCAGCCUGCAAUCAAUUUUUCGUGGUUGUGAUUCAUGGCCACUCAAGGUCAAGUCAUCACCUGCAAAGCUGCGGUAGCCUGGGAACCCAACAAGCCCUUGGUGAUCGAGGACGUGCAGGUGGCGCCGCCGCAGGCCGGGGAAGUCCGAGUUAAGGUUCUCUUCACUGCUCUCUGCCACACCGAUGCUUAUACGUGGAGCGGCAAGGAUCCUGAAGGUCUCUUCCCAUGUAUCCUUGGUCAUGAAGCUGCAGGUAUAGUGGAAAGUGUUGGUGAAGGUGUGACUGAGGUGCAGCCUGGAGACCAUGUUAUACCUUGCUAUCAGGCAGAAUGCAAGGAGUGCAAGUUUUGCAAAUCGGGAAAGACCAAUCUUUGUGGAAAAGUGAGGAGUGCUACUGGAGUUGGGAUCAUGAUGAAUGACCGCAAGAGCCGAUUUUCAAUCAAUGGAAAGCCCAUCUAUCACUUCAUGGGAACCUCUACGUUCAGUCAAUACACAGUUGUCCAUGAUGUUAGUGUUGCUAAGAUUGACCCAAAUGCUCCUUUGGACAAAGUCUGCCUUCUUGGCUGUGGUGUUCCAACAGGUCUUGGAGCAGUUUGGAACACUGCAAAAGUUGAAGCAGGUUCUAUUGUUGCUGUCUUUGGCCUUGGGACUGUUGGUCUUGCUGUGGCAGAGGGUGCUAAAGCUGCUGGUGCCUCACGAGUCAUUGGGAUAGAUAUCGAUAGCAAAAAGUUUGACACAGCUAAGAAUUUUGGUGUGACUGAAUUCAUCAAUCCAAAAGACCAUGACAAACCAAUACAGCAGGUUAUUGUAGAUCAAACUGAUGGUGGUGUUGACUACAGCUUCGAGUGCAUUGGGAAUGUCCAAGUGAUGAGGGCCGCUCUAGAGUGUUGUCAUAAGGGAUGGGGAACAUCAGUUAUUGUAGGCGUUGCAGCAUCCGGCCAAGAGAUAGCAACCCGUCCAUUCCAGCUGGUGACAGGCCGUGUUUGGAAGGGAACUGCAUUUGGCGGUUUCAAGAGUCGCUCACAAGUACCAUGGCUCGUGGAGAAAUACAUGAAGAAGGUGAGUGAAUACACCAACGUCCCCUACUUUCUUCCCUCUAUUACAGUGCAGUGAAGAAGGAAAUCAAAGUGGACGAGUACAUCACCCACAAUAUGACACUUGCAGAGAUCAACCAAGCUUUCGAUCUGAUGCACGAUGGAGGCUGCCUUCGCGUCGUGCUGAAUAUGGAUGCAUAAGCUUCUUGUUAAGCGGGCUUUCAACUUUUUGUUUGGUUUGGACUCCUCUCCUUCAGUUGGAUCACUUCAAUAAGAUGCUAUUUGUUGAUUAUCUGUUUUUGGAGACAUGCAUUGUUGGCAAUCCCUAUUUACAUCUUUAAGCUUCCUCAUUUAUGUUUUGUUAGUAACCCAUUAAAGGUAUGGGUCUCAUCUGUGAAUUGUUGGAGGACCUAAACCCUACAAAAAUUGAAUGAAAACCCCCAUUGAGCAUCCCAA